AUGAGUACUGUAGACGAGGGCAUAGCAUUACCGGCUAAGUUAACGAGUAAUGGUCGAGUUAUGGAGGGACAGACUAAAAUAUUAAAUAUGCUACAUGAACAUUUCAAGAAAACAGCUUUUGUAGAAUCAGAUUUCACAAACCUAAAGGACUUCAUUGAUAAUAGAUGGUCCGAAGGUUAUGUGAUACCAUUGCAUAAGAAAGGAAGUAUAAAUGAUGUCACAUGGGCAGAAAAUAAUCGUAUAUACAUUGAAGCUCAGGCAGGUUUUAGAGCAGAUAUGAGUACAGUAGACAACAUUUUUGUUGCCUGCGGCCUGGAGUCCGCAGCUAAUGAACUACAAGAUAGUAUCAAUUUGUUGCAACAGUAUUGUAAUGAAUGGAAACUUCGUGUUGCUAUUACUAAGACAAAUAUUAUGAUAUUUAGAAAAGGGGGGUUAGUUUCACGUUAUGUUCCAGGGUUUAGAACAUCUAAAUAUAGAGAAUGUAAGGAAAAUGACCAGGUACCGCAUGCAUUGCUGAAGUCGUUGCUUCUGCUCAAACCAUCAACCCUUCUUCUCAAACCAUCAAUGAUGCAGUAUGCGGUGGUGCCAGCCUAUCUGCUAAAACCAUCAAUGCUGCAGUACACAAUGAUGCCAGACCUAUGUGAUGGUGCCAGCCCUUCAGCUCAAACCAUCAAUGCUGCAGUGAGUUGUGGUGCCAGCCCUUUUGCUCAAACCAUCAAUGCUGCAGUAAGUGGUGGGGUCAGCCCUUAUGCUCAAAUUAUCAAUGCUGCAGUGAGUGGUGGUGCCAGCCCUUCUGCUCAAACCAUCAAUGCUGCAGUGAGUGGUGGUGCCAGCCCUUCUGUUCAAACCAUCAAUGCUGCAGUGAGUGGUGCCAGCACUUAUGCUCAAACCAUCAAUGCUGCAGUAAGUAGUGGUGCCAGCCCUUCUGCUCAAACCAUCAAUGCUGCAGUGAGUGGUGCCAGCACUUCUGCUCACUCAUUCAAUGCUGCAGUUCACAGAAAAAAUUCGAGCAGUCUUAUUGACAAACUUGUAAAAUGGACUGGAUUUGUGUUGCUUAUAACAUCAACUUCACUUCCAACAAUACAAACAACUCCAAUAUGUUAUGGCAAAAUAGAUAUUAUUUUUGUCAUCGAUGCAUCUUACAGUAUCCGUCCUGAAGACUUCACGAAGGUCCUUGAGUUUGUUUCAGAAUUAUAUUCCAAGAUCUUUGUGGAUGUAGAGGAUAAACUGCGUGCUGGAGUGAUCCCUUAUGCAUCAAGUGUAUAUGAAGGGGACCAACAGAUAAGUCUAAGUGGUGACCAGAGUAAAAUUAAAACCAUGCUGGCAACUUUCACACGAGACAAUGGAAACAUCAGGACAAACACAGGGGCAGCACUUGGAGAGGCCUAUAAAAUGUUCACUGAGGAGGGUAGGAGUGACGCUAAAAAAAUUCUGUUUCUGGUUACUGAUGGUAGGGCAGAUGACUUGGAGGUAAUGAAUACAAAUGCUCGUAAUAUCAAAGGAAUUGGGGCUCAUGCAGUGGCAAUAGGGAUAGGAGAAAAGGUUGACAGAACGGAACUGAAUACUAUAGCAUCCAGUGUGGAUUCUGUUUACAUCUUCACAGAAAUAACAGAAGAACUUAAGACGAAGAUACAGAAAGAUAUAUGUGGACAGACCUUGGAUAGCAAAGUGCCUCCUACAGUUGAGAAGGAUGAUGUACAAAUGGAUAUAUACUUUCUCUUGGAUGAAGCAAUCUUACCCCAGGAUUUAGAUAUAAGCAAACGAUUCAUGAAGAACAUACUGCAGACUUUUGUAAUUGGACAAGGCAAAGCACGUGCUUCAGUGUUCCUGUAUGGGGCGUCGACAGGUCAGAACUUUGCUGUUGAUGUCUACACAACCGAGACAACUUUAUUCAAUGGCAUAGAUAGGCUUUCACUGACCGCUGCCAAUAAUGAUGAACGUAAUGUUGCCAACAUUUUCACUACAGUGGCGGCACGAAUCACCAGUUCUUCAACAAGUGGUCCUGUUAUUGUGGUGCUGUUCCUUACAGGAUCUGUCGAGAAUUCUGCUUUGGCUAUACAGAAGGCAAAUGUAUUCCGAGAGUCAUCCGGUCCAAGGAUAUAUCUCAUGGUGAUAGGAAUAGGUGCAAGUACAGAAGCAUUGACCAGUGAGCAAAACAGAUUGGCCUAUGAUGUAGGGACAGCAUUUCAGGCUGAGAAUUUUCUCAGACUUGCUGGAGAAGACCAGGCAUCCAUUGAUCUUGUAUCUGAUAUAAGGAAAACUAUUUUCCAGCUUGCCUCGGGGACAUAUGUCACAAUAGGAGGUAUAUCUUAUAGAUGGGAAAGUAUGUUUGAUGUGGUCUUUAUGAUUGAUGGAUCCUCCAAGAUGUCACAGUCUUUUAACCAUCUAGUGGUGAAGUUUGUCAUGAAAGAACUCAUUGAUGAAUUUGAACUUGGUCCUGAGAAGGGCCGAGUGGCAGUGCUGGUAUUUGAUGCAGCUGGUGUGUAUAACAUUAUAAGAUUUGGCACAUAUAACGAUGAUCAUGCCACUCUCAACACUCGCAUAGACAAUCUACAAUUGAUACAGAGGGUCGAUACUGUAGACAACACUAUCGGACUGAAGGCCAUGCUCAGAUAUUUUCUUGACAACAACAGGGAGUCUGCCAGCAAGCUAGGUUACCUGAUAACCCUUGGCCAGGCCAGAAACAAAUUGUUAGCUGAAGCAGAGGCUCGAGCCCUAGCUCUGGAGGGUAUUCAACUCAUGGUGAUUGGUAUUGGGUCUGGAGUAUCAGCAGAUGAACUCAACAAUUAUCAGAUGUUUGACCGUGUAGAUGGACCUGUUUUGAUUUCUCCAAUAGCAACUUUAGCUUCCACACAGAACCUAAGGGAGCUCAAAGAUGACCUUUUGAAAUAUGCUACGAUCUCAAGACCAAGAGGGCUAUAUUUUCAGUGGGAUGCUGCCUUUGAUUUGAUAGUGCUGGUGCAUGAUGAAAGUGGACGAGCAGACGGUGGAGCAAGGGUCAAGUAUUUCCUUCAGGACAUAUUCCAUAGAUACCCGAUUGGUGUAAACGAUGUACUAGGUGGAGUAAUAACGUUUGGUAAAGACGUAAAUACAGGAACAGGGAAAGAAAUAGCUUUGGGAACUGACAAAUUCUACUCCGCUCUUUAUGUUAAAAUUGCUCAGCUUGAUUUGACACCUACAGGAGGCACCAACAUGCUGGCAGCUCUCGGUUAUCUGACGACUAUGUUCAGUCUUCAUGGCCGACCUGAUGUAGCAAAAGUUGCUCUGUUGUUAAUGCAAGGAGAUGUGGUUCUAGAUGAUCUUCAUGAAGGAAUACAGAAAGUCAGAGAUGCAGGCAUUGCUAUGGCAACUGUUGGUGUUGGACCAGAGACAGAUAUGGUGGACUUAAAGAACAUGGCUUAUAAUAGCGAGGCUGAGCUUGCAUUCCUGCAGACCAGUUGGCAGAUGUUACGUUUCACACCUGAAAUGGAUGCUGCACUCAUUGCUUUGGCAAGGGGCAAUUUUCAAGCCCAGGGAAUUGGAGAUAUUCUUAGGUUGCCAACUCAGUGUAGCGGAAAUGCUGGAAUUUUGUUUAUACUGGAUGCUUCAGAAAGUAUAACCUCCAUUUUUGAUGAUGUGAAAGCUUUUACUGCAGCCAUCAUGAGUGGAUUUACAAUGCCGGAAGUAGAUAUGGGAGCUCUUGCAUUUGCUAACAUAGUUUUGCCAAAUCAUAUAGCACUUGGACAAUACAAGACUUAUGUUGAGUUAUAUGCCCAUUUCAUGGAGAAUAUAAAUAUCAACCCAACAUACAAGACAACCGGCACAGCUGCAGCAGUUAAUAAGAUGGUAGAAUUGUUUGAUCCGUCUGCCAAAGAGAAAAAAAUCGCUGUGCUUUUGACAGAUGGCAAUUCUGAUGAAUCAUCAGAAACAACAAAGGAGGCUAGAAAAGCUCGGGAGGCAGGUAUAGACAUGAUAGUUAUUGGUAUCGGCAGUAAUAUAUUUGAGGAUGAGUUGGACACUAUCACAGCAAAAAAGACAACAGGAGGUGUGCCACAUAAGUUUAUAUUUUCAACAAGCGAUCUGACUGAUCCAAGCAAACUAGAAGAUGUUCAGAAUCUUAUUUGUACUUUAAUCAGACCUGGAGAAUGCCCAGCUGGAUCAUUCAGAGACCCUGUUAGUUUGGUAUGCAGUGUGUGUCCAGUUGGCACUUACCAGCCGUUAAGUGAACAGCUGUUCUGUAAGACAUGUACACUUGGAUAUACUACGUCUGAUCCUGGAGCAAGCAUGGCCAGCCAGUGUAUCCAAAGAUGCAAUGCUGGUUAUUAUCUGGACUUGACAAGUGGAACAGGAACAUGUAAGAAUUGUCCGAUUGGACAGUACCAGCCAAAAAGUGGUCAGACAAUGUGUCUGGUCUGUGAUCCUGCAACACCAAUCACAAAAUUUGAAGGUUCCAGAAGCGUAGAUGACUGCAUAUUGGAUACAUGUUCAAUCCCUAUGGAUCUUAUUUUUGUUGUUGAUGCGACUGCCAGUAUUGGUGUUAUUGAAUUCAGCAUGCUGAAAGCUUUCUUAAUCAAUCAGCUUGAGAGGUUUGAUAUUGGGUCAACAGUGGAUAAAACACAAAUAUCAGUGGUGAGGAUUGGAACAGUGACUAAAACAACAGAUGUUACAAAUUUUCUCACUACUAGAACUAGUGUCAUAGAAGCCAUCAGAGAUUUAGUGGGUGGAGACUUGAGUACAAACAUUGCCAGUGCAAUAGAGAUGGCUAGCAACAAGUUUGAAAGUGAUGGAAGAAGCAAUAUGGCUAAAGUAAUGUUUAUUGUAACCGAUGGCAACUCAGAAAAUCCCUAUGCAACAAGAUACCAAGCUCUGCUGGCUAAACAGAAGUACCAGAUUGUUGUCCUCGGAAUAGGGUCACAAUAUUUCAUGCCUGAACUCAAAAGUUUGGCUUCUGUUCCAGAAAAUAUUCUUACUGAAAAGAACUUUUUUGAGUUACCAGCUUUAGAUGCAUACACUACAAUUUGUAAAGCUGCUGCAAGAUGGACUGCACCGACUGUAACUGUAGCUCCUGCGUUUAAAUGUGACUUGAAAUUAGACUUGAUCCUCAUUAUGGACAUGUCUUCAAGUUUAACUUCCCAGCCUUUUGAAGUAAUGAUGAUGAAAGCUAGACUGCGGGAAUUCAUUGAUCUACUACAAAUAUCAUCAUCUAAAGUGAAUGUGGGUGUGUUGUCCUUUGGAGAGGAUGUGAAUACAAACCAGCGCCUGCAGCUCUCUGCUGAUAACGACAAAGAUGCAAUAAAAAAUGCAAUAAUGAUGCAGCAGCCAGCUGGAGAUGGUACUGUUACUCAUCUGGCUUUAAAUGAGGCAAAAACCAUGUUGCAAUCUUCGCAAAGAACAGAUGCAGCUAAAGCUAUUACUAUCGUAACUGAUGGCAGAUCCACCAACUAUGCAGCCACUGUUGCUGCAGCCAAAGAAGUUGAAAAAAGUGGAAUAUAUGCUGUGGCAGUGGGAAAAGGAAGUCCAAAUGACGAAGCCUUUAAGAAGGAACUUGGUGUAAUAAGUACUUCAGGAUCAGACACAACAGUCUUUGUGGAUACAUUAAGAGACCUCACUGGUGAGAAGUUGGAGACAAAAGUGUGUCCCGAAAAUUUCAGAUGCUCAUACACUCUUCAAGUUGUAUACAUCUGGUACUUGAAUGGUAAUGUGGCUGUAUUGGACAAAACCACAAAAUUUUCAGCAGACGUCUCAGAAAGAUUUUCUGAUGUUCAAGCAAGAGUUAUUGAAGUGAAAGCCGACACAACAAUAGAUACACUUCUAAAGGCAGUGACAGAAGCAGAGAAGCAAAUGAAUGAAGAACAGUCUUCUGAAACCAUACAUAAUUUUGUAUAUAUAACAAAUAGACCGCCAUCAGACGUAGGAAGUGAUAUGGCUGAACUAAACACGAAGACAGCUGCAUUAAAGCAAGCAGGUGUGAAAAUCACAAUUGUUGAUGCAAGAGAUACUCAGGAUACAGGUUGGGAACAAUAUGCCACUUCAUCUGAAACAGUUUUUCGUGGGGCAAAUUUCGAUGAAGCAGUGCCAGCUUGGUAUAUCCAUAGAAGUCUUUGUAAAGAACCAUGUGACAGUGGUUAUGAAAUUGGGGCUGAUGGUAGGUGUAAGGUAUGUGAUGUUGGAAAGUACAGAGAUAAAACUGAGAGUUACUUAUGUCAGGCUUGCUCAGCGGACUCAACAACUGAAUCCACUGGAUCUACUUCAGUGGCUGAUUGUACUAUAAAAAUCAGAUGUGAAAAGCCAAUGGACCUUAUUUUUGUUAUUGAUGCUACAGCAAGUAUAGGAAAUAACUAUAAUAUCCUCAAAGCCUUCUUUUGGAGCUUGGUAGAUAAGUUUCAGGUAGGGCUAGAUGAUGAAACACGUGUAGCAGUUGUAAAGAUAGGAGAUGGUGAUUUACAAGAUGAUGACUUUUCGCUACUGUCUCAGUCUGUGAACGCAAUUGCAGUAAAGGAAAGCAUAAUCCGUCUCCAAGGUAACGAGCAGGAGACAGACACAGCGGCAUCUCUUAAGAAGGUUUAUGAUAUCUUCAAGGCUGAAGGGCGUCCCCAAAAGGAUUACCCACAUAUAGUUUUGGUUGCUACAGAUGGGAAAUCAAAAAAUACUUUGCAGACUAAAAGAUAUAGCUCCAUUUUAAAACUUAAUGCAAUUCACACACUAGUUAUCCGCCUUGGUGAUAACGUAUUUCAACCGGAGAUAGAUGCACUGGCUUAUGAUGCAAGCUCUGUAUACAAAUUUGAUACUUACACGGAUCUGAUCCAGUCUAAUUAUAUACAUGAAAGAAUAUGUGAUGCUGCAAAGAAUUAUAAACCUCUUCAACCAGACACAGGUGGUCCUGAACUUUCAGGGAAAUGUAAAAGUUAUAUGGAUAUGGUAUUUGUCAUUGAUGCAUCACUGAGUGUAACUGAACUCACAUUUCUAAAGAUGAGAAUCUUCAUAGCACAGUUUGCACAGAUGUUGGAUAUAGGACAAGAGAAGAUAAGAAUAGGUAUAGUAGCAUUUUCAAGUACAGUUCAUAGUGAGGUGUUUUCACUUGAGCAGUGCUUAGACCAGAAAACAUUAGAGGUGAAUGGCAUUCAACCGCAAAAGCGGAACAGUGUUGGAAAUACAAAUACAGCUGCAGGAUUGGCUAGAAUGAUUGACAUGUUUACAACUGAAGGCCGCCCAGAUUCACCAUAUAUUGGAAUAAUUGUGACAGAUGGUAGAUCAACUAAUCCUACCCUUACAAAGCUUGAGGCACAGAAAGCUAAAGACAAAGGUAUUCAUAUAGUUGCAGUUGGUUUUGGAGAUAAUGUAUAUACUCAGGAAUUGUAUGAUAUGGCCACAGAUCCAGCUUCAGUGAAAGUUGUGAGCAGUUUUGAUGAUUUAACUACAGAAGAGUUACUGGAUCUCUCAUGCUCAUAUAAUUUUGAGUGUCCACAUAAAAUGGACAUCAUUGCAAUAUGGGAUCUUGUGAACUUUGACACGAUCAGAAGAGCUGAGAUAUAUAUUGAAAGUUUGAAGAAAAGUUUUCUGUAUUCAAAGAUCACAAAUCUCUUUGUUGACCAUGUUGAUGAUGUUGCUAUAGCAAUGGAAGAAGGCUUACAGAGUCACACUUCUAGGACAGACUUUCGUGUGGCACGUGUUAUUUUGGUGCUCACAGAUAAAGUGCUUGACACAGAUGUCAAAGGGAGACUACAAACUGUGGCAACAAAUGCAAAGAAUGCAGGAAUACUUGUAACUGUUGUGGAUGCUGCAACAACAACAAACAACAUUGCAAGCAUUGCCUCUAAUGAUAAAUUGAGCUUUGUUACUGAAAGGUUUGAUAUGCUGCCUUACAGACUGGUUCUUAAGAGGAGUUUAUGUACAGAGCCAUGUAAGAGUGGUACAGAGGUUUCUGCUGGCUCAACUAAUCCUGGAAGCUGUGAACCAUGUGCUGUGAACAAGUACAGAGAUGCAGACGAGAGCUUCCUGUGUACCACUUGUCCAACAGGAAGAACUACAGAUGGCGCCACUGCAUCAGACCAACUUUCAGACUGUCUGUUUGGUUUUUGCCGUGCUCCCAUGGAUGUAGUGUUUGUUGUAGAUUCUUCAGACAGUAUCAGAACAAUAGAGUACACCUUGAUGAAAGUUUUCCUUCUCAACACAAUUGGAAGUAUGGACAUAAGUGAAGACCGAACACGUGUAGGAAUUUUGCCGUAUUCCUCGGAAAUUCUAGUGGAGCAUUUGUUUCAACUACAGGAAUCUACCCAGCAAGAAACUGUCCUACAAGCUGUACGCAGUAUGACUCAAGGAGGACUCCCUACAGGAACAAACACAGCCAGAGCAAUUGAUGUUGCUAAGAACAUGCUCCUAACCCAGGGCCGCAGGACAGGUGACGUUAUUCAGAUGAUUUGCGUCAUCACCGAUGGAAUGUCCACAAACACCUAUAGAACUGUUGAAGAAGCUAAGAAGGCUAAGGAUAAAUUUAUACGAUUAUACAGUCUUGGAGUGGGUCCAAAUGUAUUCGCCACGGAACUUGAGAAAAUUGCCAGUGACAUGGAUUCCAUAAUGAUGGUGAACGAUUUCUUUAAAUUGGCAGCUAUAAAAGAUUUUACAAAAACAAUUUGUGAAGACUCAUUUACAUGUGGGAAGACAAUGGAUGUAGUGAUCUUUGAAGACAGAACCACUGUUGAUGCUACAUUUGGAAAUAGAUUUAACAAUUUUAAGGCCAAAAUGACCAGCAGUUACAGCUCUGCUACAGUGACCAGUGCAUCUUACACCAGUAUGGCUGAACUUGACACACUUGUGCAAAGCCAAGAUUUGUCCCAAAAUCCACAAAACACAAAAGUAUUCCUUUUCAUCACAAAAACGGACAUUGCUGAUGAUGGGGCAAAGAGCAGAAUAGCUAGUGAGCUACGCAGUGGAGGUGGAAUUGUGGCGAUCAUAAAUGCAGACGACAACCUUGGAAACACAAACUUCAUAACCAUAGCAUCUAGUUUGGAGUUCAUAUUCAAUGUGGAGAAUUUUGAUGAAUUGCCAGCUUACAGAUUCAUUGAAAGAAAGCUUUGUAUAGACCCAUGUCUUGAUGGUGAACAGAGAGGAUUGGAUGGAGAAUGUGAAAAAUGUCCUCGAGGGAAAUACCGAGUGAAAACUUCGUCACAUAUUUGUGAGAGUUGUGCUGGUGAUAAAACAACUUUAAAUACAGGAACUACUGAGGCUAGUGAUUGUAUACCUAAUUGUGGCCCUGGAUACAAGACUGUAGGGGACAACUGUGUUGAAUGUGCCAAGGGAGAAUACCAGACUGACAGCUUCCAGACAAACUGUGAGAGCUGUGAUGCAGGUUACACAACAGUUGAGACAAAAUCUACAUCCCCAGAUCAGUGUAUUAAAAAUUGUGAUGAAGGAGAGAAAGUUUCAUCAACAGACAAAGACACAUGUGUAGUGUGUGAAGAGAACACAUACCAGCCAGAGAAAGCACAGACUCAUUGUAUAGACUGUCCUAUUAACCUCUUCUCAAUUGCUGGGAGUGCAGCCCUCGAUGAUUGUAAUGAUGCAUGCGGGAAAGCCAUGGACAUAAUAUUUCUAGUGGAUGCUUCUUUAAGCCUUAGCCCAAUUAGUUUCCAGUUAAUAAAAGUGUUUGUAGGAAAUUCUAUUACAAGGUUUAAGGUUAGUCAGACAGCCACCCGAAUCGGAAUUAUCCAGUUUUCAGACAUAGCAGCAGUCAGUCCGCGCCUUGACUUGGACCAGUCGUUGGACCGUUUCACAGCCACUUCUCUAGCUAGAGCUCUGAUACGCAGUGGGCAACCUGGAACCAACACAGCUGCAGCCCUUGAUGCCGCUGUGAAAAUGUUUGAUGAUCAGGGACGUACUGAUAUACAUAAGAACAUUGUGGUUGUUACGGAUGGAAUGUCAACUAAUAUGGCACUUACAGAGGCUGCAGCAGCAAAAGCAAAGAAAAAGUUCAUCAAUAUAAUCAGUAUUGGUGUAGGCAAUAAUUUCUUCCUUGACGAACUGAAGAAAAUAGCAACAGAUGAAUCAGCUGUCAAGACCUUUACAAGUUUCUAUAGCUUGAUAAACUUCAAUGUCCUUCCAAUUGUUUGCACACCAACUCAGUUUUCUUGUGACAAAAAUAUGGAUAUCUUCUACAUCAAACAUUAUGACGGUAAUUCCGGUAUUGAAGCUAGAGUUGCAAAAUUCAUCAGUAAAUUAACUGACAGAUAUAAAACUGGUACAACCAAAACGCUGGUUGAUGCUAACCCGAGCACAGAAUCCCUUACUGAUGACCUGACGGCUUUCUCAGACUCAGCUGAUCCAACUCACACUAAAGUACUCAUAAUAUUCACAAACAAAGAAAAUAGUGGGGGAGUCACAGCAAAUGAUGUGAAGGAUAAAGGAGUGAUUGUGGCAGUGGUUUAUGUGUCAGACACACAGACAGAUGAAAGUUACAAUACAGUCGUGUCACAUCAAGAUUUCCUCUUUUAUGCUGAAAAGUUUGAUGAAGAACCGUACAUUGAUUUCAUUUUGAGGAGUCUUUGUAUAGCACCAUGUGUAGAUGGUUCCGAGAGGACAGUAUCUGGUGAUUGUGAAGAAUGUGAGAAAGGAAAAUACAGGACAGCUAGCUCAAGCCAUGUUUGUGUUGAUUGUCCAUCUUCACCCCAGCAAACUACUACUGCUGGUACUGGAGCCACAGAUCAGAGUCAGUGUGUUGCAUGCGAGUCUGAUGAAUUUCCGUGCUCAACUGGUAAUACAUGUAUUGAUGAGGCACAAGUGUGUGAUGGUAGCAAUGACUGCAGUGAUGGCUCAGAUGAGAUUUGUAAUAAUUGCUUGAAAGGAAGCAGAUGGACUGGUUCUACCUGCGUUCAGUGUGAAAGAGGCACAUUCCAGGAUAAAGAUGGACAGACAGUCUGUAUCAAAUGUCCCGAGGGUAAAACAACGGACGGUGUCGGAAAAACAGCGGAAGCAGACUGCACUGUUGUUUGCGAUGAAAGUGGGCAAGAACUUGAUUACCCUAAUGGAGGAUGUAGAGACUGUGAGAUUGGUUACUAUAGGAACAAAGAUUUUGAUGCCAUAUGUGUUAAAUGUGAUGAUGAUUUUACAACAAAACAAAAAGCAUCAACUUCCAAGGGUGACUGUGUUCCUCCCUGUCAGGCAGGUGAGGCCUUAGAUGAUGCAACAAAAACAUGUACAGAUUGUCCCUAUGGUACAUACCAGCCGGAACCAAAUCAGUAUAAAUGUUUGGAUUGCCCUGAUGGAACCACCACUCAGUCUGUGAAAUCUACACAAAAAACUGACUGUCAAGAUCCAUGCCCAGCUGGUAAAGAGCAUCCUGCAGGAAGUACCAGUAACACAGCCUGUACAGAUUGUCCGCGUGACACGUACAAGUCCAGCCAGGAUACCACCUGUAAACCAUGUCCUCCAGGCUUUAUAACUCUAAAUAUUGGCAGCAAAACUUCAGCUGAUUGUUUACCAAAUUGCGAUCUUGGGACAUACUUUGACGAUUCUCUAAAGAAAUGUGAGGAGUGUACAUUUGGGCAGUAUCAGGAUCAGAAAUACCAGAAAACUUGUAAAGAUUGUGACACUGGUAAAACUACGAGAAACCAGGGCAGUGAUGACAUAACAGACUGUAUUGUACCAUGCCCUGCAGGAUCAUAUCUCCCAUUCCGUUUAAAUGGACAGUGUACUCCGUGUCCCCAGGGUACGUAUAGGGUGGAUGAUGAAACUGCUGCUACCUGUACACCUUGUGGAAGUGGUAAAACUACAGAUCAAGAAGGAUCUACAAGUGUAGCAGACUGUAAACCUGAUUGUAAACCAGGUGAGAAAAUAGAGGGAGAUAUCUGUGUACUUUGUGAAAUAGGGUCAUACCAGACCUUGCCCAGACAGACAUCGUGCAAUCUUUGUGCAGAUUAUACCACUACCAAAGAAGAAGGAACUGACUCUCCAGAUGACUGUGUGGAUACCUGUCCUAGUGGUACAGAACUCACUGAAAAGAAUCCUGUGAAGUGUCAGAAAUGCGCAAUGAACAGCUAUAAGGAGGCUGGUGUUGACAAAAAAUGUACAGCAUGUCCAGCCAAUCAUAUCACUCUAUCUGAUGGUGCUGUUAGUAAAACAGAAUGUGUCCCUGAUUGCACAGAUGGUCAGAAAUGGGAUGCUGUAACUCUACAGUGUGAAGCUUGUGAGGCAGGCACCUUCCAGCCAUGGUUUUACAAGGACACUUGUAUUAAAUGUCGAGACAAAUGGACAACAUUGGCAGAAGGAGCAAAAAAAGAGAGUGAUUGUAAACCUGACUGUACAGCAGGUGAGCAUUGGGAUGAGGCCUCGCUAAGCUGUGUAAAAUGUAAUAAGGACUCGUACCAGCCAAAUCCUUACCAGUUUGUCUGUCUGAAAUGUCCUGAAGGAACGUUCACUGAUAAUACUGGGGCUGUUGCUGAAUCGGAGUGUAAAGACCAGUGUCAGCUAGGUGAGGAGAUGGGGCCAGGGGGAACCUCCCCUUCAGAUUGUGUGAAGUGUAAAGUUGGAACAUACAAGGAUGCUACUAAAGCAACAUGUGAGCCAUGUCCGGAUGGAUUAACCACAUUGACUGAUGGCAAAACAGCAAGCACAGAUUGUAAACCCGCAUGUGAAGCUGGACAACAAUGGGAUUCUGACCUGAAGCUGUGUGUGGCCUGUGAGGCUGGUACAUACCAGGAUGAGACAAACCAGGAAGACUGUAAACAGUGCAUGCCACUCGGCUUUACAACAUUACAGACUGGGUCCACUGAUGAGACAGAUUGUGUUUCUCCAUGUGCACCUGGUUCAGCAUGGGACAGUGGUCUUGGGAGAUGUAAACCAUGUUUGCAAGGAAAAUACCAGGAUGAGCCAAACCAGAAAGAAUGUAAACAGUGCCCUUCAGGGAGGACAACUCUUGGUGAAGGCUCAAAAAAUGAAAAUGACUGUAUAGAUGUAAAUUGCUCUAAUUUGGAAUGGAAGUGUGAUAAUGGAGACUGUAUUCCUGAGGUAAACCGUUGUGAUGGCAGUAACGAUUGUGCUGAUCUGUCAGAUGAGUCUGAUACAAAAUGUUGCAAUAUUGGUCAGUUCUACAGCUAUACAACCAAUCAGUGUGAGAGUUGCCGAGCUGGAACAUACCAGGAUAUAGAAGGGGAGACAAGUUGUAUUGACUGUCCAAAGGGCAUGACGUCCGAAGAAGGAUCAGAUGCCAGCAAUGACUGCAGAGAGUGCUUAGAAGGGUUUGAGUUUAUUGUUGGUAACACAGACUGUACAGAAUGUCCGUUAGACAAAUACAGGGAGAUAGGGAUGAUGACAUGCGAGGCCUGUCCCCCUAACUUUGGUACUGACCAGACUGGAACAACCAGGCUUACAGACUGUAAACCAAAGUGUACUGCAGGGCAGUAUUAUGACAGUGGGCAGUUUCAGUGUGAACCCUGUCCAGUUGGUCAGUACCAAGAUCAGGCAAAGCAAACCGAAUGUAUCAAAUGCCCCACUGGCACAACUACCUCAGGAACUGGAUCUAUAAAUAGUAACCAGUGCACAGAUAUUUGUCAAGCAGGUUAUACACUAGUAUAUGAUACAAAUGGUGAGCCAACAACCAACUGUAAUCCAUGUCCUGUGUCAACAUACAAGGACACAUAUACCUGUAAACCUUGUCCAACAGGUUUCACAACUGCUGGUACUGGAAGCACGGAGUGUUUACCCAACUGUGGUCCAGGGUAUUUCUAUCCAUCUAAGACCAGUCCAGUAUGCAAAAAAUGUGCAAGGGGAGAGUACCAGACUGAAUCUCUACAACCAUCAUGUGACUCGUGUCCACCUGGUCAGACCACACCAAUACUAGGGGCAACAACAAGCUUCCUCUGCUACGGUAAGUCUUUGCUUCUUUCCUUUCUCCUAGCAUAA